UUGUGUUUCUAAAGCUGACAGCAUUUGAAUGCUGGAGAUGAAAGCAAAUGUAGUACUUGUACGUACAAAAGAGUUUGGGGGGGAAUAUUUUUUUUUUCUUAUGUUGUGCCUAUUCUCUGUCUCUCUGACUGGUUUUGCUGUUCAAACUAUGUGUUUCCCCUUUCUCCUCCUUGUGUAUGGAAAUUUGAUCUGGAAAGAUUUGUAAAAGAAAAAAAAUGACAGAAGAGAGGGGCAACUAAAACUUCUUGUUCAGACUGAGCCUGAAAAAUGUCUGCCUAUAUUUCAAGCUAAGAUUAAGAAGAACUUAAUCUAUGUUUCAGAGUGGAUGUUUUGUUGAAUUCCUCUUCUGUGCUGUGUAUCUGUGUAAAAGAAUAGCCUCAGUCCUUAUCCAGUGGGGGCUGCGCAUUGACAGCUGUCCCUUCAUCCCCAGAGGAUGGCAGUGAUGAGGUCUGAGUUAUUGCAUUUAUACCACUGGUAGAGUCAAAAAGCUAACUGUCUCUGAAAUCAGUGUCUCUAUCUUACCUACAAGAAUGAGAUACAGUCACUGGUGGAAAAACCUUUGAUGUUUUUGAUAGGGACUAAACCAACAAUCUGCUGGUCGCUUAGGCUUUUUAAAAAUGUUGUGUUUAUCUCUGUAAUUCUGUGCUGUGUAUUUUUUAUGAGCAGGCAUGCUAUCAAGGUAAACUGGGAAGUGCUAAAUAGGUAUGAUUUUUUUUUUUUUAGGACAUUCAGUUUACUUGAGUGCCUGUCUUACAGUGAGAAGGAUAAUGGAGAGAUCUUGCAGGCAAAACAGAGAAUGUUUUUGACAUCUCUGGAACACUAGCUUCUCUGAAAUGCAGCAAUACAUGUCCUUUGAGUAAUUCUUUCAAAAUCAGAAGAGCAAAGUUAGAGAGGAAAAAUGUUUUCCAUCCUGUUGUCUGACACCUGGCAUUAUGCAGUAGCAAUGAGGAGAGGGUGAAAGCAUCAGCUUGUCUACUAAUAUAUGGCUUUCUGACAAAGGGCUUGCACAGUGGGAGGUGUCUAGUGGAAGUGAUUUGGGGAUUAACAAUAAAAACUUCAGUGAGGGAUUAAGGGCAGAUGAAUGCUUUCUAUCUUGAUUUUUUAAAAUGUAGCUGAUUUAGGGGAUGCUAAUCAGAGAUAAAAAAACCACUGCAGUUUACAGGAUGAAUUGAGACGUAAAUUGUGUAAAUAAUACACUUCAUGAGUGUGAAGAUCCUCCACUACUCUUUAAAUUGGAGAUGUUUUGAUGAUGAAUACCGUGUUAUCCUAGGUUCAUGUAUUUUGGUGUUUGACCAUUUUCUGACAAUCACUGUACUUAGCUUGAUCCCUGUAACUUUGAUUUUCAUUCUGCUGCUUUGCACACCCUAAUGCCAUAAUGCUUCAGCCUUGCCAUUGCAUUAAUUUGCUGGUAUAUUCCUGACCUGGUUUUGUUGAGCUUUUCCCCUUUCAUUUCUAGAAAGUUUCUACAAACUGAUAGAUUUAUUUCUUAACCCCAGCUUUCUGUAUCACUCAGCUUGCUUGCUGAGGUGCACAUACAAGAGUGCCACAAGCUCUGCCCUUGCUACGUAAUUUUGCCCAAACUCUCUGGAAGUUUCUCUCUUGUAUUUGCUGGCAGUUCUCUUCUGUGGUGGGUGUACUGUGGGUUGAGCGAGGCUGGUGAUGGUGAGUGCAGCGUAAGAGAUCUCUGUCUUGGUUAGCAAAGGACGUAACUGCCUUCCUUAUGGUUUGCUGCUUAAUUAUGUGAGGCGAUGGAAAGCUGUUCCUAGGUCUGCCCCUGCAAAAAGUUAUGUUUUGUUUCAGACUGACCCUGCUCUGUGUUGGAGGAAACUGUUGUGCUGAAAGGAAGAAUUAACUGGUCUUUCAACUUCAGCCUUUUUAUUGUGAGAGGGGAGAUCACAGAAGUGUUACCAUGGGGAGAACAGCAGCUAAAGAUUCAAAGAAUAUUAAAAAAGAGAAAGAUGGAAAGAAUCAGCAGGCAAACAACCCGUCUUUAAAAAGUGAGCAGUUUAAUUGGGAUGAUUAUCUGAAAGAGACUGAAACAGUAGCUGCCCCUCUGCAUUGUUUCAGACAGUCUAGAAUUCCACCCACGAACGAUUUCAAAGUUGGGAUGAAACUGGAAGCCCGUGAUCCUCGCAAUGUUACCUCAGUUUGUAUAGCUACAGUAAUUGGAAUUACUGGUGCCAGGCUGAGGUUGCGUCUGGAUGGAAGUGACAACAAAAAUGAUUUUUGGAGGCUUGUGGAUUCCUCAGACAUACAGCCCAUCGGAACCUGUGAAAAGAAAGGGGGCAUGCUCCAGCCUCCACUUGGGUUCCAGAUGAAUGCAUCUUCUUGGCCAAUGUUUCUCUUAAGAACUCUCAAUGGAGCUGAAAUGGCACCGGCAACAUUCUUUAAGAAGGAACCACCAAAACCUGUGCCAAACUGCUUUAAAGUUGGAAUGAAACUUGAAGCUAUAGAUAGAAAGAACCCGUACUUGAUUUGCCCAGCAACCAUAGGAGAUGUUAAAGGAGAUGAAGUUUUUGUUACAUUUGAUGGCUGGAGAGGAGCAUUUGACUAUUGGUGCAGAUGUGAUUCUCGAGAUAUUUUCCCAGUUGGAUGGUGUAGCUUGACAGGAGAUGCAUUACAACCACCAGGGAACAAUGUUUCCAUUACAAAGAGCAGUGCAAAAAUCCAAUCUUCCCCUUCCAAAGUGACCCGGCGUUCAAUGCAGUCUCCACAGAAAUCUGCUCCGGUACCAGCGCAACAGGGCAGGAAACCAGGUCGGGGCAAACCCCCUGGACAGUCUGCAGUUCCCAAGAAGGGCAGGUCUCCUAAAAAUAUUCCCCUGACAAAAAGCAUCUCUCAUACUGAAAAUCUUAAAACAAGGAAAAAAAGUUUAAAACCUGGAAAAAAGAAAAAAAUCCUGCCAGAACAAUUGACUCCUGCAUCUCCUUCUCCUCAUUCUUCUCCUGAGAGGGACGGUGGCACUACACAGAUACUUAAAGAUGAAGUUAGUUUGUCUGGUGCAACUGCAACAGUUAUAUCCACAGUGUGUGUUUAUGUCAACAAGCAUGGGAAUUCAGGGCCUCACCUGGAUAAGAAGAAGGUUCAGCAGCUUCCAGAUCACUUUGGACCAGGUCCUGUCAACGUGGUACUUCAGCAGGCAGUACAGGCUUGUGUGGAUUGUGCCUAUCAAUCCAAAACAGUCUUUGGAUUUCUGAAAUCUGGCCAUCACGGAGGGGAAAUGAUAACUGCUUCCUUUGAUGGGGAAAAGCAUGCCAUCAAUCUUCCUUCUGUAAACAGUGCAUCGUUUGUCCUGCGCUUCUUGGAGAAACUCUGCCACAGCCUGCAGUGUGAUAAUCUCUUUAGUAGCCAGCCCUUCAGCCCUUACAUGGGAUGUGCACAUAGUCCUAUGGAAUAUGAUAGGAACAAACCAGCAAAAGAAGAAAUGCCUGAAAACAGGAUUGCUAAACGAUACUCUCAGGACUCUCCACCAUAUAGUGCUCCUCUUUCCCCUAAGCUUCCCAGAAAUGAUGCUCAUCCAUCUGAAGCAGAAACAUUACCUAUAGAGGAAAACAGCACUUCCAAAGAACACCGAUUUUCUGAGGACUCUCUGGAUUCUGCACAUAAUUCUGUAAAUCCUUCAAGCCCAACCUGUCGAAAUUCCACAGAAUAUCGUGCUUCAGGGAGUGCUGCAUAUUACAGAAAUUCCCAUCAGUCAGUGAAUGCUACCUCACAUUCAGCCCCAAUCCUGCGCAGGCUGUCCUUGAGCUCUGCUGGGAGCAGCGGUUACUAUGAAGUUAGUAGGAAUCGAAUGCAGAGGCGGAUUGAAGCUGCAAGUUCCACAACUGGGCCAGAUUUGAAUUCACUAAAAAGGGAACCUUCAAGAAUAUUGAAUAAGGAUCCUUCCACCUGGUCAAUAGAAGAAGUAAUGCGUUUUGUGAAAGAAGCUGAUCCACAGGCACUAGCUCCACAUGCAGAACUCUUUAGGAGACAUGAAAUCGAUGGGAAGGCACUACUUUUACUGAGGAGUGAUAUGAUCAUGAAAUAUAUGGGACUGAAGCUGGGGCCUGCCCUAAAGUUGUGCUACCACAUUGAAAGACUUAAACAAGGAAAGUACUAGCCUGUAGGGAUGUACCACAAGUACGUGUGUUUGUUUCGCACUAAGCUCUCAGGUUCACAGCCAUAGCCUUUGGAACAAUUUUGCUGAUCUAAAUCAUCUUUAUUUUUUGAAAGUGCUCUCACAAUGUAAAUAAGACAUUCAGGAUAAAUGGGGGAGGGAUAUAAUCUGUAUUACACUCUAGUAUUUUGUGAACUGUUUCAGAAGGUUUGCAGGGAAGGACAGUUGAUCAUACUGGGGGCAGGCGGGUCAGGUGACAGUGCUCUUCCAAUCCUGUGUUCUCUGUUACAGACUUCAGCCAGUGUGUUCGUAUUCACAACCAAAACAGCUGAAUCCCAAAGCAAAAUAAUAAAACAAACCAGCAUCAGGUGUUAGCAAUUUUUACAGGAGACGCUGUAAACUUUUUAUUUUGCAGGAAGAAUUUAGAACAGAAGGUCUCAUCUCAAUAGUGAAUACUGUGUCUAGUCCUCCAGCAGUGUAAGACUCAAGUAUAUUAUUCUAGAUUAUUCUUCCUAGAUUUCUGUAAAGGAAGUAGCCAUAUGAUUUGUUCAUGGGGGAUGGAGGUGUGGGGAGGUUAGGGUUAUGGAGGAUAGGGCUUAAUACAAAUACAAGCUUUUAUAAAGUUUGCUUCUCAGUCCUUUGCUAAGUUAUGAGGACAACAUAUUGUCAAUUUAUGCAGGGAAUAAAUACUUUUGUUUCAUGAAAGGGCAUAUUGGCUGUUUAAACAAGCCAUUUCUGGGACAGACUGAUUUCACUGGAACAACGCAUCCACAUUUUAAACAUUCCAUUUUUCUGCCAAGUAUGGCAUGGAUAUGUGUGUUCAUGCUCUUUAUAUAUACAUUUGUAUGUGUCAGGGAAAUAUAUACUAUAUAUAUAUAUAAAUAUACAUACACACUGUAUGUAUGUAUUCAGUUUUUUUAAUGUGUACUUUGCACUCUGCCAGAGAAAAUGUACAAUUUCUUGUUGGGUUUUUGCCAGUAAAUUUGGUUGUGUACUACUUCCAUACUCAUUAGCACCUGUUUAUUUUUUUUUCAUUCUUGGAGUCAGAAGGUGACAAACAAUCAAAGGGUGGGUUUAUUCAUACAGGCAGGAUUCCUGUACUAUGCAAUACUCUUGGUUUUUCAUCCCUUAACUCUGAGCCAUAUAUUCUGGUAUAUUUCUGGUAAGAGGCAUUUGGUUCCAGUGGUUUGGGCUUAUAUUUCCUAUUAGGAAGUGCUACUAUGUAACUAAUAAGCCUUUUUUUGGGUAAAACCGGUGCUGUUUGUAUAAGCUGCAAGAAUGAGUGGUGAUAAUAUAGCAGUUUGUUGUCACUGCCGAUUGUAAUGUACAUCAGGGACAAGAAAAUAUAUUUUCUGUGUAGGAAACUGAAUGUACUGUAUGUAAUAGUGUGAGUGAUAAAAACUAUUUCCUAGGGAAGGUCUAGUCUUAAAAUGGUAGAUUUGUAUUUCUUACUGCCUUUUUAUAUGAAAGCAUAUAGUAUAAAAGUAUUUUUUACAAAUUCCUUUUCUGAAAAUGCCUUGCUUUACCAAUAGUCUGAUAUUCCUCAGGUUUGAGCAGAGAUACUGCUGCAGACUGAUUUUUGUGGCUCAUAAGUGUCCCAAGUAUUUUGUUAGUUUAAGUGACUGCAACGUAAUUUGAAUUUAUCAAGUCAUUUGGAUUUUGAGAACUGUUUUUAUUAUUACAUCAUUUGACACUAAAGGUUAUCUAUAUCGAUUUGUUUUGCAUAUCUUUUGUGGUGCAUAUAUGCUUAGAUGAGUAAUACAAGCAUGCCCUUUUUAGUAAGAAAAGGUCAGAGCAUUAAUUAAAGAAACAGAAUGUUUUCUCUUUCUGUUAGGAAAAUCCUGACUUGAUUGUCGGCAUAACCAUAUGAAAGUUAGUUAUGUGCUGACAAAAACAUCAUGCCCCACAUGUUCAGUAUAUUGUCUAUACCUUGCUUCUUCCAUCCUGUAUUAUGUUGAUUUUCAGAGUUCUUCAGUGUAAAAAGAUCUCACACAGUUUAAGUGGAAGUAAUUGACUGAAAACAGUUUUCAUUUUUUACGUUGCCAUUGGCAUAAGAAAAACAAAGAUGUUUAAAUUUUCUGUUUGCCCUUUAUGGAAUGACAUUUUUGUACAUGGCACUAUUUUGAGUAUAAAUAUUUGUUCAAGGCUUUCUGUACACACAUAUGCACAGGGAUUACUGUGAUGUUGCAGUGCCUGGAUUUCACAGUGUGCUGUAGCAUGAGAUUCAAGUGUUCAGUGUUGUAGCAGAAUAUAUUUUUUAUUCUUUAUUUCCAAUGGGAUGUUCUUAUCUAUCAACAAAAAUAAAAUAGUUUGUUCAUUGUUGUAA